CGUCAAACUGUCUGCCAGACAGUGCGUUCGGCGAGGUUGCAAGUUUAGCGACCAAAUAAUUGUUUUCUAUAUCCCGCUGUUACUCGGUAUAUCGCAAUGGCUGAUCAGCUAACAGAGGAGCAGAUUGCCGAGUUCAAAGAGGCUUUCUCGCUCUUUGAUAAGGAUGGCGACGGCACCAUCACCACCAAAGAGCUGGGAACCGUGAUGCGCUCUCUGGGCCAGAACCCCACAGAGGCUGAGCUGCAGGACAUGAUCAAUGAGGUGGAUGCUGAUGGUAAUGGAACGAUAGACUUCCCAGAGUUCCUGACCAUGAUGGCGAGAAAGAUGAAGGACACAGACAGCGAGGAGGAGAUCAGAGAAGCGUUCCGUGUCUUUGACAAGGAUGGGAACGGUUACAUCAGUGCUGCUGAGCUGCGCCACGUGAUGACAAACCUUGGGGAGAAGCUGACCGAUGAGGAAGUUGACGAGAUGAUCCGAGAAGCAGACAUUGAUGGAGAUGGCCAGGUCAAUUAUGAAGAGUUCGUACAAAUGAUGACGGCGAAGUAAAGGCCUUGGUACAGAUGUUGUAUAAAUAACUUGCCUUUUUUUUCUGUGGAAUUUAUCUGUAAAAUCUUAAUAUCCCCCCUCCCUGCUGUCCAAAGGAACUGCAUGUAAACUGCAUAGGCUCCGAGUCCCCAUGUCCCUUUCUUUUGCU